AUGGAAGAGACGACGGAAUCGGCGAAGCCGCGAAGGCAGCCAUGGCGCUAUGCUUAUAGAAGAAGCACCAUUGGUUACAAGUUCAUGAUACCUACUCUGAAGUCUCUUCUUGAUUUGGUUUCCAAUGCCACUCCAGACAACAUAGAGACGAAAAGUCGAAAGAAAGUAAGAAUAGGAAAUGGCUUGAGAGUAGCUUACCCCAUUGUUGAUGAUGAAAAGGAAGAAUGUCGCCAAAAAGAGAAGGUUGAUCACCAACUCAUCAUGGGAAACUUCCAAUUGAACAAAAGCUCUAACAGAGAUUGUAGAACUCAAAGAGAAUUCACAAGCCAAGAGGAGUUUAACUACAAGAAACUUCAAGAAGAAAGUUACCAUUUGGAGCACCAUUUUCUCUUUAGAAGUUAUUUACCCCAGGAGAAAUGUUCUUAUUCAAGAGUUGAUUCAGAAGCCAAAGCAUGA